CACCCCUUCUGUCCAGACACCAACGAAGCAACCAUGAAGGUGAUGAUCGCUCUGCUUCUGAGCACUUUGUGCUUUGAAGUCCUCAAUGCCCAAUGCCCAGAAGCCAAUGCGUUGAAAGACGCAGAUGGCGUGAAGCUUUGCGCACGUAUGUUCGAGGACAGUCACUAUUAUUACGAGCAGAGUUGUGGGGGAGAGUACCUUGAUGCUUACCCAGGUGAGGACGUCCCUAUCAUCCCAUGGCGCUGGAACAACCGUAUCUCUUCCUUGGUGGUAUCAAGAGGUUGCAGCCUUACUGUUUGGAAAUACACCAAGAAGAGAGGAAGCAAAUCUAAAUUCGGUGCUGGAAUCAAAUAUCGCCUCAAAGAAACGAUGCAAGGUUUUUUCGGCGAUUGGGAAAACGACAUCUCUGGAUACUACUGUGUGUGCUAGAGGCCAACAUCAUCACGUUCACCAGACACUUCAACCCAUUCCUCAGAAUUGUUAUGCGCAAUUAGCCUGAGGACGAGUUUAGAGAUCAUGCAAGAAGAGAGUCUGUCAGCAGGAGAGUCUGCCAACAGGAGUCUGCCAAUCAAAACAGAGACUAUGUUGAGUGCAUGAUAAUGAUAUCCUGUGUCUGGAGAAUAAAUGUCUUUCUGCAAAUCA